GCACGCCAGGUGCGCAAACCCACAUCGCUCGCUGCCAUCGCAAAGCGCAUCGCUGAAGAUCUGGCAGAGCUGUCAAAGCACAGGUCCACGGCGACGACGGGGGCAGCAUCUGAGGCAACAUCCGAGGCGCCGCCACUCACACCCCCACAGCAUCCCAACUAUCCCACCCCUCGCGCUUUCGAGCUGGACCUCAUGCAGCUCUUCGAAAACGCGAGAAGGUUCCUGCCUCACGCCACACCCGCCUGCGGAGCGGCAUUGCAGCUGCAGCGCCUCUUUCAAACCCUCACAUCCGGCGAUCCCACACGCCAAAGCACGCGGGAGAGGAGGUACGCGUCGGGCAAGCAGCUGCAGCACCUGGGAGCGCUGCAGAGCUUGCCGCCAGACGAGACGCUGCACGCGACGCUGGCGUACAAGGACAGGAGGGUGCAGGUGGGCGAUUGGGUCCACGCUGCCAGCGAAAAGGAUCCAUCCAGACCCUUGGUGGCGUGCAUCUUUAGACUCAGCACAUCCCCAACGCUCGGCCCUCGCAUGUGGCUCAACUACUACGCUCGCCCAGAGGAGACAUCGCACGACAGCAACAAGACGUUUCAUCCGCAAGAGAUUCUCAAGACAAACGUGUUUGGCGUGCACGACGUCGCAGAUCUCUUGGAGCACACCUUUGUCCUCUUUGACCGCAAGUGGCUUCGCAUGCGACCCACGCCCGACCCGAGCGGCCAAUUCUGGAGGACGCAUGAGCCCGUGUGGAUGUGCGCGGAUAGGUGGAGACCGGAUCUCGGCACUUUCAUCAAGAUCAAGAAUUGGGCGCAAGUGCUGCCCGAAGGCAUCAAAGAGUCUGACAGACUGGACAGUCUAGAGGAGCCUUUGGAAAUGCCACCCCGCGUCUCAUCGCCCUUCCUCCGCGGCGUCGUCGGCCCAGGUCGGCUGACCACGGAACCAGCACCUCAGCGCGUCAACUAUCGCUCCGUCAAUGCGCCAGUCGUGGGUGCGGAGGAUGCUUCUCCUGAUCCCACCACUCCAAGAGCGCCACCCAAAGGACUGUCGCAGGGAGUGCCCCAAGCUUUGAUUCACGCCGCUCCGCACAACCUCACACCGCGCACACAGCAGCAGCACCCUCACAACCGACCUCCUCCUGUUGCGGACUCGACACCGCAGCAUCCGCCUCCCUCGAGGCAGUACGGUCCGCUACCGCCUGCCGUCGGCCCUCCGGUCAUCGUCGGACAAAGAGGCCCGGCCGAAUCUCCCUUCGAGCCAGCCAUUCAGAGCACCCUGCUGGAAUCCGCAUUCAGACGCAUCCGCAACAGCAGUCCCGCUGCACUGAAACCUCGCAUCGACGAGGCGCUCGGCAUCCUCAAAUUGCGAUUCGGCGCCCACGUAUCCCAGGCGGCCUUUGAACGGCUAGGAUCGAUAGAGGGCCCUGCUCUGGAUGUGGUGGAGCUGGCAGUCGCGCUUGGCUGCCACGGCACGCACAAUCUCAACCUGCUCAGGAGCCUGCAGAGCCUCCUUAUGCACGCCAGAGCACACCAACUCGACGAGCUGCUGCCGGAUCCCACUGCCACUCGACCGCGCGACAAGCGCAAGCGGACCAAGGACGAGUGCGCAGAUGUUUGGUCUGCGGUUGCCGGCAGCGAGGCUUACAAUGCCAUGCUGCCUGAAGAGACGCAACGCCUGUUUGAGCGCGACGAGCGCGGCAAGGUGCUGUGGUAUCCUGCACCGCCCUUGGACGGUCCGACUCAGCAUCUCGCUCGCAGCAAGGGCCAGACGGAUCCCACGCUGGCUACGUAUUCGUUGGCCUACCUCGCCUGGAGAGCGGGCAAGCGUGCCAAGGGAUGAGGCGCCCAGUGCGCCGUGCUCGUCGCAAUUGUAUACUAUGUUUGAAAGUGAUUCGCGAUUGUCCCGAGAUGAGACUGUGCGGACAAAUGAUCCGUGCUCGUCAUGUCGAGGCCAAGAAAGACCGGUGGAGCCUUUUCGCGCAUGGCCGCUUGGGGACGCGACCACCUCAAAUUUCGGUCAUUCGCCUGAGCAGAGCAAGUCGCUCACAUCCUGCAAAC